AUGGAGGAUGGUUACCCUGACAAAAGCUAUAAAAAUAAUAAUAAACAAGACAAUCGACCUGACAUCAAAUAUGGGUCAGGAUCUCAAGACAACCUUUUACUUUCAAAUUAUAUUAGUCCGAAACAAGAUAACUUGGUUGAUGACAUUGGAUAUGGGUUAGGAUCUCAAGACAACCUUUUACAUUCAAGUUAUUUUCCGAAGCAUGAUAACCUGGUUGAUGACACUCAUCGUGACAUUGGAUAUGGGUUAGAAUACUUUUUUACAUUCAAACAUAUUAGUAAGAAGCAAAAUACCCUGGUUAAUGACACUUAUCUUGAUUUUAGAUCUGGGUUAGCGUCUCAAGUUAGCCUUGAAAAUAAUAAAAAUGAGCCGGCCACUCGUCAGAAAAACAGAUUCAGGUUAUAUGCAGCAAUUAUCCUGGUUAAUGACACUUAUCUUGAUUUUGGAACUGGGUUAGCGUCUCAAGAUAACCUUGAAAAUAAGACAGACACUCGUGGGGACAUCGGAUUCGGAUCUGGUUUAGUGCCUCGAGAUAACCUUCAAAAUAAUAAAAAUAAGCAGGACAUUUAUCAAGACAUCGAAUUUGGGUUAGGAUUUCAAGAUAACUUUCGAUAUUCACAAUGUAAUCAUAAUAAUUUAACUGAUGAUACUCGAG